GCGGCAGAGGGCGCUGGGUUGGUGGUGCCAUGGCGGUGCCGCUGCUCGGGCGGGCGGUGUCGGUGCGGCUGCUCCGCCUGGAGAGCCGCCUGGCGCGGGCGGAGCGGCGGCUGAGGGCAGCCCUGGCGCUGCGGGGCCGCGUGCGGGAGCUGGAGCGGAGGCUGGAGCCGCCUCGGGGAGCGGAGCGGAGCGGGGACGGAGAGGACGAGCACAGCGCUGUCUGUGUUAAGAAAGAGCCGCGCACAGCAGCGCAGGAGGAGCUGGAGGCUGCGGGAGCGGAGCCGGAGCCGUGCCCAGGUGCUUCUGCUAAGCUCACCUUGGGCUUUCCCCGUGCAGAGCCAGCAUCCUCUGAGCCCAAAGCUUCAGGUCAGACCAGGAGAGGAGUGGAGGUGUGUGGCACAGAGCUGCCAGCACAUGAAGACCUGCCAGGAGACAGCGAGUCUCAGAGCUGCACGGCCGCGGUUUUGUCGUGGAUUAAACAGGAGGAGGAGCCGCACUGCCCUGAGCCGCAGGGCGCAGAGAAAGAAGAAACCCCCACAGGGCCCAAUGCAGUGCAUGAUGAGAACAGAAGGAGGGACCCCCUGGCUGCCAGCUUUGUAAGCACCAUGUGUGACUCCAACACGAUGGAGAGACCCGAGGAGAAGUUUCACGAGGAUCCCAGCCCCACGUUGACGUGGGACGGUCAGUGGAGCUCAGAAAUGAUGGAAACAACCACCAGCAGAAACAGCUUUGGGGGCAACGCUCAGUACGACCGAGCCUUUGCUGAACACCUGGAUCUGUUUAGUGCUCAGCAAAGUGACGUCAGAAAGAGACCGUGCGCGUCCAGCAGAUGCGAGAGGAGCUGCAUCCAGCAGCAGCAUCUUCCAGCUGUGCAGGGAGCCCGGGAGGAGCUGCUGCCAGGCCCCAAGUGUGAGAACAGCCCCAUCGAAGCGACCUUCCAGCACCCAGUGGAUGCUGCAGGGGAGAGGUUUGAAGGGCCGGCAGCAAGUAGUGCAGGUAGAACCCAGCUUCGUGAGCACAAUGGACUCUGCAGAGAGGACUGGACAUCGAUGGGGAGCAGGGGGAAGAUCCCUGCAGAGAACUUGUUAUCCAGCCCCUGCCAGGCCGACCCGCGGGACGUGCUGGAUGCACCCAGGGGUGGCUCAGCAAACCAGCAGCAGGGUAAGGGGAAAUCCUAUAUAUGCAAUGACUGUGGGAAGAGCUUUGUUUGCCACUCGUGGCUGGUCCGACACCAGACCUCCCACACGGGAGAGAGGCCCUACAAGUGCUCGCAGUGCGACAAGAGCUACAGGAGGAAGGAUUAUCUGCUAAAGCACCUGCGCCGCCACUCGGGCCAGGGGCUGUUCCCCUGCCGGCUCUGCAGCAAGAGCUUCGUGCUCAGGAGGAGUUUAACAAAGCACCAGCAAAGCCACGUGCAUGGAAUGCAGCAGAGCAGCGGCUGGGCCUGCACGGAGAGCGGGGCCGUGCUGCACUCCAGGUAGAGGAUCCUGCCGUGCUGUGGUGCAUGGCGGGGUGUCCCAGCACUGUGCGAACCGAGCCCUGCAGGCGCUGAGGCUGAAUCAAAACGCUUGUCAUACACAGGGGCUGUGGCUGAAGCUGUGGUCCCCACACAGCCCUGUUUGCACAGCAGGGAUCGCACACAGCACAGCGGCCCUAUGGGUGCACAGGGUGUUUAAUAGCCCUAUAGAAGAACAUGAGCCCAGCAACCAGCUGUGAACUGACACUGUGUGUGUGUGUGUGUGUGACCGCAGGGCCUGGCACCCCACUGGGGGGUCCCUGAGGUGCUGCCCCCAUCGGCUGCAGGGGGAGGUUUGAACGGAGCCGAAUAAAACUCAGAAUGUUUGGG